AUGGGAUUUUCGGAAGGUAUUCUGGGAGCCCAUCACACCGUCGGGUGUGUUUGGACACAAACACAAAUCAAUUUCACAAACAGCGACUGGCAGAAAGUCAUUAUAAUCUGGGCAAAAGACCCCGGCAACACCGGGCAGCCCUCACAGUUCCUCCUCUCCCAACAAGCAGGCUACGACCGCAAGAAAUGGGGCGACAUUCCCAACGCCUUUUCUACAAUUGAAGCAACCCUCCCACGCAGCGGUGAGAACGGACGGAAAAACCUGGACCAUCCCAAAGUAUACGUCGCGUGGUCGAAGCAAGCCGUUUACCACGACAAAAAUACGGGUUGGAACGAGGUCUUGUCCCAGCUUACGAACAAUGCCUCUCGGUCCCAGGAUUGGUGGCAUUACCACACGAGUAGUAAAUCCCAUCCUCCCGAGUUCUAUCUGUAUAAAAUUGAAAACAUCGACAAGAGGCCACUAUACACCACCCUUUUAUCUCCCAAGGAGAUCAUACGGGAGAUCAAGGGCAUCAAAACCCGCUUCGGAAAUGGAGCCUCGGUCCUCAAAACCUCCCCGGCGCCCGCAUCCUCCACCAUUGCAGUAGUAUGCGCCAAGGGCGAUGACAACGCGUUCCCGCGCUUUCUCGACUGCCUCCGCCGGAUGCACUAUAACCACUGGGCAGACACGGCACGCGUCCAGUUCCACAACAACAGACUAGCAAGGAUCGCCUACAUAACUGUUGACGAUCCAAACUUUGCCAAGAUCUUCGAUAGUCCCGCCGGUGGCGAAUGUCAAGGUGAAAGCAGGCGUGAGAUCACGUCUCCUUCUCCAAGGGAGCCCCGCGUCGUCAGGGAGCAGCAGAAUCUCAGGAGCUCCCUUUUGGAAUCUCACUGCCAAAAGGCCUCCAAGUUCGUGAUCUUAGGGUGGGAAAACGCGACGAGGGCGGUGAUGAUUGAGUUUGAUCAUCACAUGGUGGCAAAGAACAUGGCCUGCAUCUUCUCCCAGGGGAAAUACAAAAUCUUGGGCGUACGGAUAUCCCUAUUGAGUGUUGACGGCUCGAUCGUCCACUUGAAGGGAGUCCCAGCCUCCGCUACGGUGUCGGACAUCAUAGCGAGCAUACGAGGAACAGCGAGACCCAGCAAGAUCCGUCUGGGACCGAGCUCCUAUACCCAGAACACCAACUCGCACAUCAGAGAGAUGGACGACAUACUCCGAGAGUAUGGGCCGCUCGAGUCGCCGCUGACCAUCUGCCCAUUUGAUGGCACGCCGGGAACGAUACGGGCGACUGCAAGCUUUGUCCACGAGGCCGACGCAGCCAGGGCCGUCGCGGAGUGCGACGAAAUGAGGCUGCCCUUCUGGCUCAGCGGGCGACUCACAAUAUUUCCGCUCUAUAGGGUGUAUCUCGAUGUCCUCCAAUCUGUGUACGACAAGAACCCCGUGCACCAAUGGUUCGAUUCGGCGACAACCAGGGUAGAAGGCAUGACGUUGGUAAACUACCCCGAAAUCGGAACCAGUAGAAUUAUGCUCCAGUCGUCGAAUCCUCAAAGACUGGUCUUCGGCACCCAGCAAGUCGAGGACGUCUACAAGGACCAGACUCUUCGACGGCCACCGACCGCUUCGUUUCCAAUCAACUUGCCCCGAAAGCACUCCCACCAGACCGAGCCCACAUCGGCAUGUCACAUCUGCCUGAAUAUCCCGUUGCUGACCGUGACCGCGUAUUGCGGCCACGUCUUUUGUCCAGAUUGUUUCACCUCGUUCGCCAUGUCAGCGGUCGAGUCGAGAAACGCCCAGGACACCAAGACCCGAUGCUUCGGAGGCGAAGACGCCGCGUGCACCCACGUCUUCAGCCUCCAAGAGCUCAAAGACAACCUCACCAUGACCAACUUUGAAAAGGUCCUCGAGCUCGCACUCGUCACCCACGCCGCCCGGAAUCCAGCCACCUUCAAAGCCUGCCCAGGCCCAGACUGCGACCGCAUCCACGUAAAGCCACCCGUCGCCGCCGCUCCUCCCAAACGCACCUACCGGGACGCCUUAAUGUUGACGACGAGAACGACCAGGCUCACGUGCAGCAGCUGCGACUUCAACUUCUGCGGCGAGUGUUACACCGCCCACGGCGAGCACCUCUCCUGCAGCGAGGCCGAGGCCGAGAGGGCCUGGGAACUCCAGGCGGCGGGCCUCGGCAUCAAGCGCUGCGGGUAUUGUACGGCGCCCAUUGAAAAGAGCGACGGGUGCCAGCACGUCAUCUGUCGGUGCGGGAGGCACAUCUGCUGGGUUUGCAUGGAGGAUUUCCAAGGCGUGGAUGAAUGCUAUGAUCAUCUUCAAGCUGCCCACGGGGGUAUCUUUGCGGGUUUGGAUGAAUAUGAAGAUGAAUCGGAAGAGUAUGACACCAUGGAUGAGGAGUAG